UCUGACCAGUCAGUCGCCUUUGAUUAUCAGUUGCCAGCAGCCCUUCUCUUGGCUCCUUGACACGAGCUCCAUAUAAGGCAGCGAUCUCCAUAGAAACGUGUCAGUUUCAAUAGUAGUGUCAAAGUUCACUAUAUACAGACAUUCGCGCAGAUCCCCCUUUCGGAAACAUUGCUCUGCGAGUCCUCCCGUUUCAACGCAUUCAAUUUUGGGGUCUCUCCCUCUCUCUCUCCCUCUCUCUCCCUCCCUCCCUCCGCGUCUCUCCCUCUCUCUCUCUCUCUCUCUCUCUCUCUCGCUCUCGCUCUCUCUUUCUCUCUCUUUCUCACUGGCUCUCUUCUCUCCCCCUCUCUCCCCUUUCUCUUUUCUUACAUAUUCUAUUAGUUGUUGCCCCGAAUUCUUCUUCUUCUUUCUCUGCUUUCUCUCCCUCCUCCUCGUCUCCUCUACUCCAUCCCUGCAGAAGAGAGGGCGAAACUUAAAAAAAAAAAAAAAAAAAAAAAAACCGGGGGAGGAGGAGGCACCCCCUUCGUAUUCUUUUUAUCGUUAUUUUAUACAUAUAUGAUUUUUGGGGGGAGGGAGGGUGUUGGUUCUCGGCUGAAGAGCACUUAUUUAAAAUACUAAAAAAAGAACAUUUUUGGGCGAUCUCCAGGGUUUUUUUAACUAGCUCUGUGUGUUAUAGCAGAAGAAGCAGAAGAAGGAGCAAGAAAGAGGAAAAGAAGAGGAUUAUUUAUUCGACCUACUUUGGAUGUCUCUCUCGCGGUUUUUUGUGGCUUUUUUUUUUUUUUUUGCCGUUCCUUUUCUUCUGAUUUUUAUUUUUUCUGUUUCGCCGUGAAUCCGUCGCCGGCGUGAAUCCUCCCGUGUGUUUCUCCCCCGCCGGCACCUCCCGCAAGAGGAAGGCUCCGCCAGCCCCGCGCCGCCGGCACAACAAAAAGAGCAAAGUGCGCGGUCCCCGCCGGCGGCUCCCGCUCUCCGCGCCGCGCUCCUGGAUGGCUGGCCGCGCCCGGCCCUGGACCUGGCCCCCCGACUCCAGCGCGCCCUGAUCGCGGCCGGCGGCGGCGUCGUCCCGCGCCCGGCUCCGCGCCCCGCGCCCCCCUGCACCCCGAGUCCGGCGAGGGCUCGCGCCCGGACGGCGGCGGCCGCGGCCACCCCGGCCGGCGCUCCCGCCGCGGCCCCGACCGCAGCCCGGACCCCGGCGCGGGUCGCGCCUGCCCCGGCGGCCCUCGCGGCGGCCGCCGAGCCCGCGGCUCCAGCGGCGCCCGCAGCCGCGCCCGCCGCGCCCGCCGCGCCCGCCUCCCCCGCCGCUGCCGCCGCCCUCGCCGGCUGCUCCAUGUCGGCCCGGCCGGCGCGCGGCGCGUAGCUCGAGCGGCCGGCGGGCGGCCCGGCGCCCGGCGCGGGUGAGCGGGCGUGUGCGCGGGAGCGAGUGUGAGUGCGCGGGGGUGCGGGCGAGGCGGAGGGCGAGUGUGUGCGCGCGCCGUGGCCCAUGCCCGCCGCCCCCGGCGCUGCGCCCCGCGCCGCUCCCGGCUGCCGCCUGUGCCAUUUCUGAUUUUGCAACUUGGGGAAGAAGAAAAAAGCGAGAGAAGGAAGCUUGCUGGCUGGCUGGGGGGGGUGGGGAGGGGGGAAGGAGAGCGCCCCCCCAGGAUCGGAGCGCGGGGGGAGCGGGCGAGGGGAGCAGGGGUGUCGGGGGGGGGAGCCUGAGAGCCUGGGGGGGCUGCAAAAAGAGAGAAAGAAAACAGCAGGAACCACAACAAAACGCCAGCAGGGCGGGCGGGCGCGCGGCGGCAGCGGGGCGGCCGAGGCAGUAGCGCCGGCAGCGGCGGCAGCGGCGCAGGCAGCGGCCGGUGCCCGGCUCGGGCUCGGCUCCCGCGACCCCGGGGCGCCCGGCGGGCCCCCGCCCCCUCCCCCUCCCCCCUUCCCCUUCCCCUCCCAGCGCGCCCGCGCGCCCCGCGGCCCUCGGCGAGCAGCUCGGCUCCCCCCAGCGCUCCCCGGGCCCAAAGAUAUGGCAAUGGUAGUUAGCAGCUGGCGAGAUCCGCAGGACGACGUGGCCGGGGGCAACCCCGGCGGCCCCAACCCCGCAGCGCAGGCGGCCCGCGGCGGCGGCGGCGCGGGCGAGCAGCAGCAGCAGGCGGGCUCCGGCGCGCCGCACACUCCGCAGACCCCGGGCCAGCCCGGCGCGCCCGCCACCCCCGGCGCGGCGGGGGACAAGGGCCAGGGCCCGCCCGGCUCGGGCCAGAGCCAGCAGCACAUCGAGUGCGUGGUGUGCGGGGACAAGUCGAGCGGCAAGCACUACGGCCAGUUCACCUGCGAGGGCUGCAAAAGUUUCUUCAAGAGGAGCGUCCGCAGGAACUUAACUUACACAUGCCGUGCCAACAGGAACUGUCCCAUCGACCAGCACCACCGCAACCAGUGCCAGUACUGCCGCCUCAAGAAGUGCCUCAAAGUGGGCAUGAGGCGGGAAGCGGUUCAGCGAGGAAGAAUGCCUCCAACCCAACCCAAUCCAGGCCAAUACGCACUCACCAACGGGGACCCCCUCAACGGCCACUGCUACCUGUCCGGCUACAUCUCGCUGCUGCUGCGCGCGGAACCCUACCCCACGUCGCGCUACGGCAGCCAAUGCAUGCAGCCCAACAACAUCAUGGGCAUCGAGAACAUCUGCGAGCUGGCCGCGCGUCUGCUCUUCAGCGCCGUCGAGUGGGCCCGCAACAUCCCCUUCUUCCCGGACCUGCAGAUCACCGACCAGGUGUCUCUGCUACGCCUCACCUGGAGCGAGCUGUUCGUGCUCAAUGCGGCCCAGUGCUCCAUGCCGCUGCACGUGGCGCCCUUGCUGGCCGCCGCCGGCCUGCACGCCUCGCCCAUGUCCGCCGACCGCGUCGUGGCCUUCAUGGACCACAUCCGCAUCUUCCAGGAGCAGGUGGAGAAGCUCAAGGCGCUUCACGUCGACUCGGCCGAGUAUAGCUGCCUCAAAGCCAUCGUGCUGUUCACGUCAGAUGCCUGUGGCCUGUCGGACGCUGCCCACAUCGAGAGCCUGCAGGAGAAGUCGCAGUGCGCCCUGGAGGAGUACGUGAGGAGCCAGUACCCGAACCAGCCCAGCCGAUUCGGGAAACUGCUGCUGCGACUGCCCUCCUUGCGCACCGUGUCCUCCUCGGUCAUCGAGCAGCUCUUCUUCGUCCGUUUGGUAGGUAAAACCCCAAUCGAAACUCUCAUCCGUGAUAUGUUACUGUCUGGGAGCAGCUUCAACUGGCCUUACAUGUCCAUCCAGUGCUCCUAGACCUUGGGCGCUUCCCACCUGCUCCCGCUUCCCUAGAGACUCAGAGGACCAGUGGGGGCCAUGGACUGUAAAGCCUUGGGGACACCGGGCUGCUGAUGCAGGGUACAGCCUGCCAGGCUGGGCAGGGGGUGGGGGGGGAGGGCUGGGAGGACAAGGAGCAGCCCACCCUGCAGAAGUGCAAGCUGAGCUCCAAAUCGGGAGAAAAAGAGACUCUUUUAGGAUCAGAUCUGUGAACACGUUGGAAAGGAAA